UGCUUGAGAGAUCAAGAAGCUCUUGGACACCCUGGUGACUUUUUGUGCUGGAAGCUUUUUGUGGCUCUCAGCACAGAUCCGGAUCCCCCAAUUUGGAUUCUGCUGUCCACUUCGAAGCCAUGUUUCGAGUGCUGCUGCGCUUGGCAGUAGUGCUUCUUGGGCUAACUGUGGGCCAAGCGGGUGCUGAGCUUUGCCUCGACGAUGGUGUGCCAGAAAGCCAGCGAAAGUACAUUCAGGAUGAUUCGGGCAACGACAUUCCAAUUGGAGUGAUUGAAUGCGGCUGGGCAUCUUCCACGUUUCUCAACAACAUGGCACUGAUGAUGAUUCAAGAGGUUCUCGGUUUUCAUGCAGUAAUCGAUCCCCGCGUGGGCGCCAGUGGAGCCUCUCCCAUCUAUGCAUUGGCCGGAUGCGUCGACUUCGACAAUGCCAAGGAAAAGAAUUGUGGCUCAGAAACGAAGAUCCAUGUCAGUGUGGACUCCUGGUCUGGAACCCACGCUGCAGCUCAGCAGAAGUUUGCGAAGGAAUACCCAAGGCUUGCAGCCGAGGAUUUGGGGAGUAUGGGAUAUUCGGGCGAAGAGUCCAUGUACGUGAGCCAGGAAAUUCUCCAUGCUGCCUACAGUGACUCCGGUCUUGCCUUGGACUUCUACAAAAGCUACAACACUACGCAUCACGACCCAAAGAAAUACUUCGACUCAAUUCACGAUGUGGACAUGUCAGAAUUGGCAUUGUGCAACGAGACGGUCAUGAGCCAUCCGAAUCGAAUGGGAAACUAUGCUCGCUUUUCUGGCGACUACGAUGGGGUUCUGAGCCAAGCAGACGGUUCAUUCAUCGCCAAGUGUUCAAACAAUCGUUGGUGGUACGCACCUGCAUGCCGCCAGAAUGCCUCCACAUGCAUCCCUGUUUUCACAGGAGGGGAUGGUUGGAAGUUGCAGGCGAUGAUGCAGUGGUCAACUGCAUAUGGAAUUCCAGCCGCCAUCGCAAUCUCCGGAGGAUGGUCCAUGUUUGUGAAACACGUUCAAAGUCAUCGGGCUCUCCAUUAUUGGUGGGUUCCAGAUGCGACCUUCAUCGACAUGUUGCCCGAGCAGCUGCAGUUUGCUCGUCACAGUGCCAAUGAGUGGCUCGCGGGAGACAAGAAAACGGGAGGCCAAGGAAGCUACGUGUCUAAGAUGGUUAGCAACAACUUGCAAUCGAAGGCUGGCCGUGUCCGCGAGUUCGUGUCCAACAUCAAUUUCGAGCUACCGGAAGUGCAAAGCCUUCUCUUGGAUGUUCAGCGGUCAGGUUCAAGCUACAAUGUUUCCUGCAAGUGGAUGCGCGACAAUCGAGCCAGGUGGUCAGCAUGGAAACCAGUGGAGACCAGCUGCUACGAAGGCUUUGGGUUGGUUGAUGCUUCCGGGAGCUUUGUCUCCAACAGGACAACCGCAGUUGGAUGUGGACUUUGUCAGGCUGGAACCGCAUCGGAGGAGCUCAUUGAUGAUGUGGGAAGGACCUUUCAAUGCAAGCCUUGCCCUCCUGGCUACAGCCAACCAAAUACUUACUCCACCCAAUGUGAGCCAUGUCCCAAGGGCACCUCAGCCAGCAUGUAUGGAAGCACAAGAUGCACUCCGUGCAACGAGGGAGACUAUCAACCAGAUGCGGCUCAGACCUCUUGCAUCCCGUGCGGUGCUUCCCGAACAACACUCUUGUUGGGUGCAUCAUCUCUGGCAGAUUGCGUUUGCCAAGAAGGGAAAAUCGAGAAACUUUCCACAUGCAUGGAGUGUGAUGAGCAAAGCAUGCAUUGCCCGAGAGGUAGCACUAUUGAGAAGCUUGAGGCAGCAGACGGAACUACAGACUUGAAGAUUCCUUUUGUGAAGAAAGGUUUCUUCAGCAAUCCAGAAGAGCCUCUUGACACCUACAGAUGCACUGCGGAACUCUUUUGCCCCGGUGGCUCCCCAGGUGUUUGCUUUGGAGACCGCAAAGGCUUGACUUGUGGCGACUGCGCUGAUGGAUAUUAUUGGGCUUCCAACCAAUGCGAACCUUGUGGAGCGGUGUCAACAGCAUGGGCCUUGUCAGUGACUUUGGCACUUGUUUGCAUUUUUGGCUCCUACUAUAUGCUAACCUCGAGCUAUACGGCAAAAGCCAGUGUGAUGAUGUCCACCACUGCAGCCUUGGGAAUGCUAGUGGCCCUGUUCCAAAAUCUCGGCGUUUUGAACACCGUUGCUGUGCAGUGGCCAGAUGGCUUGGAAGCGAUCCUGAAUUUUGCCUCACUCUUUACCUUCAACCUUGAUGCUCUUGGCCUUAGCUGUGCUGCCGGUGGUAAUGUGGGCCGAUAUGUGAGCACCGCAUCUUUCUUUUGGAUUGUGACUCUCGCGUUGCCCACUGUUGGUUUGCUCACGAACUUCAUUCCCAUUCUGAGGAGCCGCCAGCUAGCAUGGGAGAAGAACAAGACAAUCAGCACGCUGGGACAGUUCUUGCAGGUUGGCUUCACGACCAUGUGCAAUGUUGGCGUCAUGCCUUUUAUGUGCUACCGACACCCUACUGGUCAAGAAAGUAUCUUGAAGUAUCCCAAUGUAUUCUGCGGGACAGAUGAGCAUGUGAUCAUGAAAGUCUUUGGAGCCUUGGUGAUCUUGUUGGCCGGCAGCUUCUUCACAGCAGCUUGCUAUGCGGCCUAUCAAGCGCCCAAGUGGUCAGGGAAAGCCAGGCUGGCAUCCAUUCGCUUCUUGGUCUUCCGCUUCCGGCCCGAUGUGUGGUAUUUCGGCUUGGUCCUCUUGGCUCGAGGACCUUUGCUGUCCUUGCCCGGUGUGAUCGCUACCAAUAUGCCCAGUUUGCAGCUCACCCUGAUGCACAUGAUUUUGCUUGGAUCGUUUGGCCUUCAAGUGUGGUUCUUGCCUUGGAAAUCUCCCAUCCUGAACUUGGUCGACGGUCUCUCAGUGUCACUCCUCGUGAUGCUAUUGGCCCACUCGCUGGGAUAUGCUGACAGCAGUGGGGAAGAGGCAGAACGUGUUCUGUGGACCUUUGGUACAGUCGUUUCUUCUUUGAUGGUGGCCAUCCUUGGUGGCAUGGUGUUGCUUGGCCUGUGCGCUCUCAUCUAUCGCUCAUCACUGGGCAGCUCAAAAGAACUGUGGAUUAUGAACCUUGGUAAGAUCCCAAAAGAGCAAGAUGUCUUUCAAAGUCUCUUGGCUGUGGCAACCUUUCUCAAGGAAGAUGCAGAGGGCGAGGAGCAGACUCUCAUCAAGGACUUGAGCAAUCUCUCGGUCUAUGACAUUCGCACCAUUACACAUGCGAUCAACAUUCUGGCCGAUGACUUAAACAUGACACAGGCUAUGCCUGGCAGAAUGUCCUCCCGUCGCAUCGCCAACAAAUGCAGCUCAAGCAGGAUGAGCUUGGGUAGG